GCCUUUUAACUGUAUCAUUUAUGGAAAUCAGUGAGCAUUGAUAAAUAAAUUCAACCCAAACACCCAGAUACAGUUGUCUUUCUACGUUAUAUAAACGAAAGAGUACCACGUGUUUAUCCGUUUAAAACACAACUUUCACUUUGUGUGGGAGUUGAUUUAACACCCAAAGGAAUAUCUAUAAAUGUAACAACAGUAUUAAUAAAUGCUUCUCAAAUGCGAUGAGUGGGAUGCAAACUGGGUCAAGGAUGGGCUACUCAUGGGAGUAUAAGUCGUGAUGAAGUUGGAACAUUCUGUGGGUGUGUGGUGAAUAUCUGCGGUAAGUGAGCCACUUACUUUUUACCAUAAUAGGCUAAUUAAAGAAUGAUCAAUUUCACUAUGUAAUAGGUUAUGUAUGAAGAUCAAGAUUAAAGGGUACUUAGACAUAUUAUAACAGUAAUUGCCUGCUGGCAUUUGAUUGGAGAAGAUGAGUAACAAAGAUGGAAAUACAGUGCCAGGGAGUUCACACCAGGCCAAAACUAAUCCACAACACUGGUUCACAACAGAGAUACAACAGAUGAUGUAUGGGUUUGGAGACUGUAGGAAGCCAUUGUAUGAUACAGCAGUCCUGGUUGAGGAGAUUGUUAAACAACAGAUGAUUUCUUUGUUGUAUCAAGCAAUGGAUGUGGCCAUCAUGAGGAAUGCCAGAUUUAUAGGAUUAGAAGAGUUCUUGUUUUUAUUAAGGAAAGAUAAAAUAAAACUGAAAAGAUUUCUUCAGUAUAUGGGACUGAAAGAUCUAAAAGCCAUAGCAUUGAAAGGUGGAGAAGAAGAAGAAAGUCCAGAAACCCCAGACAAGCCUCCGUCUGCUAAGAAGAGAAGUAGAAUGUGUCAUGAUUUCUUAUCAUCAAUAGACCAGACAGGAGAACUGAUCAGCUUGUUCGAAGAUAUUGAUGAAAAAGAUGAAAUAAAACAUGAAAGAUUGCUGAGAGCCGAAUUAAGAACAAGAGGAAUGGAUCAGAAGCAAUAUAUGGAAUACUUUGAAGCUAGACAGGCCAGCUUUAACAGAAGAUACAAAACUCAAAGAUUUAAAGAAUGGCUGUUGACUGGUAUAAACUUAGAAGUCAAACCAAAUCCACAUGCAUUAGAAGUCCUGUCAUAUUUCUCUUAUGAAACUGUUGCGCAGAUUGUAGAUUUAGCAUUGUUGGUAAAACAGGACAUGAGAGCAUCAUCUGGUGAUCCAUUGGUUAGAAAUACACCAAAUGUGUGUGUUAAUCUGUAUGAUGUGUCUCCUGUUAGUGGACCAGCAGCCCCAGUGGUCCCCACAACACCUACACAAGGGGUCCUAUCACCACCUGUGACAAGUCAGUCAGAAACAUCCCAACAGUCUGAGAGCCUUAGACAACUGUUACGUCCAGCUCAGACAACUCUAACAGAAACUGAUUCUUCAAGUCUUAGAAAGCUAUUGUGUACAUCUGUAACUAAGUCCAGUCCAACAGAAACUUCUAACUCUGAGCCACAGACUCCUACCAAUAAUAAUAGCUCUGGAUCACAGGCUAAUAAAACUAAGGCUAAAAAGAGGAAGAAGAGUGGGUAUGGAGGCUAUAUUGAUUUGAUAACAUAUAAAGCUAUACAGCCAAAAGAUGUACAGGAAGUGAUGAGAAGAUUUGGACAGAAUAUUGGACCAUUUGCUUCACAACAUAAGUCAGUUUGUCCUCCACCAUUAUCAAGGAUACUUUGUGUGUAGUAACACCACCAUUAUAAAGAUUCCUUUACAUGUGAUAUUUGUAUCAGAUUCACAAGAGAUGGACCAAUCGUAACAUUGGAGAUGGAAUAAGCUGGGAGGACUGACCAAUAGUGACAGUUGUAACACAAUGGCAUGAAGCACCAUAUCAAACACAAAGAUGAUACAUGAAAUAAGUUUCUCAUUGGUCAUGUAUUUAGGAUUAUCAUAUCAUUUUACAUGAACUCACAAUUUCAUAUAAAUUGAUGGAAGACUUAUAGUGCUGAUGAUUAUUUAUGAAAAAAUGUUUUGGAGCUGUAUUGAAGCAGGGUUUUAACCAGUUGUUCUUGUUAUGUAAUACUAAAGAUAUAAUAAAUAUAUUUGAUUAAA